AUCAAAAUCAAACAUGGACGUCGUUGUAUAUACCGAGUAGAUUUCGGCGUUUUGUUGAAUUAUUUUAUCUAUAAUGUGUACUUAUUCAGUCUUGAAAUUAUUUUUUUAACUUUUUGUGAAAUAGAAAAUGGUAACGAUUGUUGACGAUUUGGAUUCAUUAACUUUGCACGAGCAAAUAUUCAAAGAUGUUAAAUAUUACUUGUCUGGCGAUGUGUCCGAAAGGAUUAUGCUACUUCUUCAGUCGGGUGGUGCUGAAAACACGAAAUAUUUUUCUGACUAUGUUACACAUCUAAUUUGUGGUCAGAAUGCCGCUGACACGGACCUGGAUGAUGCACAGGACAUCUACCAGAUCCCUGCUGUGACAGAAAAUUGGGUCCUCGCUUGCGUUCGAUUGAAAAAGUUGGCCAACCCUAAGCCAUAUAGUCCAGUCAGGAAUAAGAUAUUCUCGAAUGUUGUUGCUUGUGUGUCAAAAGUGAGUGCUGCUGACGCUAAAUCGUUGUUUGCUCUAAUUACGUAUCAUGGUGGAAAAGUAAAGUUGUAUUUAGACAGUCAGUGCUCACAUCUGAUUUGUGGUUCGGCAUCUGGGAAGAAAUACAACAGCGCUCUUACAUUUCCUACUUCUAAGAUUAAAAUAGUUACACCUGAUUGGGUAUUAGAAAGCUUAAGAGCUAGGUUACAAGCUGUAGCUGAAGUGUUUCAUCCAAAAUUGCUGAUUAUACCACAACCUCCUCCGAAGCCAAUGGAUCGGAUUAGUGCUAUUACUGGAUUCGAUUUUGAGGAAGGUAUAGCCAAAAACGAAGUUCCCACACAAAAUAUGACGGAAAAUAAAGAUGAUAGUACACAGGCUCUAUUAGAUAAACUAAAACAAAGGAUGCCUUGGAAUCAUCCUCCAUCUAGUGCAAACUCAUCAUCUAUAGCUACUUCUACAGUUAGUUCAUUGGGUUACACCAGCACUGCAUUGCCUACAUCAAGCAUUAUGAGCAAAUCAAUACCUCAGGGUGUUGUUACACAAAACUUACAAAUACAGCAGCCGAGCAGCCAAUCAAAUGCUCAGUUAAUGCAGAAAUUUGGACAGAAUACAAUUGUCUCUCAGUCUGCAAUUAGUGCCCAAAAUCAACAGAUUAGCUUACAGCAACAACAACAACAACAGUAUACCCAGGGGCAACAACAGCCCCAACAACAACCACAUGGUUUGACUGCAAUACAAAUCCAACAACAGAAAAUGCUUCAACAACAUCAGCUUAAGAUGCAAAUAUUGCAACAUCAGCAACAAAAUAAAAUUGGCAAUCAGCCUAACCAACAGGGAUUCCAACAACCUAAUGUUUCUGUGUCUCAAAUUAAUCAGGGCUUAUCUGGUCAAAUACAGCAUGUACAAGGUGGCCAACAUCAUAUUCAACAGAGCAUACAAACCCCUAACACCUCUAUGAGUUCAGCACAACAACAAAUUGAAAAUAUAAGCCAAAUGCUCAGUCAAAGUGCAAAUAAUAUACAACAACAACAGUUGAAUCAACAAAAUUUAGCAAUGAAACAGAAUUUGAGCCUAAGUCAACAAAGCGCAUCUCAAGCUGUUCAAAAUAUUGCACAACAGUUGGCUCAGUCCACACAAAGCUUUCAAAAUGCGAAAUUAAAUCAAAAUAUUGCACAAGGUCAGGUUAUUACUCAGCAGUUAAUAGGGUCAGGACAACAACUAUCAAAUCAAAAUCAAAAUUUAAUACAACAACAGACUGUUCAGUCUCUAACAAACCAACAACAAAACAUCAAUAUGGGUGUGGUCAGUCAACAGGGACAUGUCACAUCAACACAGGGUCAACAAGGACAAGGAGUUCAGCUCAAUCAACUCGUUGGAAAUUCUGGACAGCAGACUGUUAUUGGACAACAAAUACAAUCUGUCCAACAAACCAUUCAGGGCCAACAGAGCAGUAGUGUGCCAGUGCAAGGAGCAUGGAGACAACAGAACAUUCAGAUGGUCCAGGGCCAACAUCAAAUUAUCAGGAGUCCAAUGGUUCAGUCCCGUAAUCCACAAAAUCAAGUUAUACUUCAGCAACAAAUCAUGCAGACCCAGCAACAAGCUUUGAUUAAUAAUCAGCAACCACAAUUAAGUCCACAGCACACUAUCCAACAAACUUCUCAGCAAAUUCUCCAACAGUCCAUUGGGUCUCAAGGUCAGUCUAUAAAUCAGACCCACCAUCAAAUAUUGGUGCAAAAGCAACAACUACUAAAUAACUCGGGGCAACAACAAAUAGUUCAAGCUCCUCAGCAGGUGUUGAUCAAUCAACACACAGGGCAGCAACAAAUAUUGGUGCAUGGUAACCAACAAGUAACUCUACAGAGUGGCCAACAGAUUGUAUCUCAAAGUCAGAUAGUUCACCAAGGAGGUCAAAUUGUAAACCAGGGUGGGCAGCAAAUAAUUACUCAGGGCAACCAACAAGUUUUGUCACAGGGUGCUCAACAUGUAAUAACCCAACAAGGACAACAGCAUCAAGUAGUGAUAGCUCAAUCAGCCCAACAAAUUGUAACUCAAUCAGGCCAACAGAUAAUCAGUCAACAAGUUGGGCAAACUCAGCAGGUUUUGUCUCAACUCCCUCAGUCUCCUCAGACUGGCACACAGUUGACAUCAGGUGGUGGUAUUCAACAAAUUAUCACUCAUGGUGGCGGCCAGCAGAUAGUAUCACCCGGAGGUCAGCAAAUAGUGCAGGGUGGACAGAAUGUCUCAUGGCAACAGCAACAAUAUUUGCAACAGAGGCAACAGAUUGCCCAGCCAGGUGGUGUGGGACCUAGGGUGUCGUGGACGGCCGGCGGCGGCGGUAGACAGCUGAUCCACCUGGACGCUCAGACUCAUGCGCAAUUACAGCAGAUGGACCCAAAACAACGGGCCAUGUUCGUCGCGCAACUGCAGAAGCGGCGACAGCUCUCCAUGCAGCGAGCUGCGGCGCUAGCUCAACAACAGCAACCCGGCGUAGUGACAGGCUCGCCGGGGGCUCCGUCGCCGGCCGGCGCCCCGCAGAGUGUCACCUUUAUACGCAGUCAACUGCCUGCAGGACUCACACAGCAGCAACAGGUACAAUGGCUGCAGCAGCAGGGAGCACGAGCGGCUACUAUACCGGCUCCGUCGCCUGCACAACCACCCCAGUCGCCUGUAGGUGGUGCGGCAGUUGCAAGCCCAGUGGGCGCAGGCGCGGGCGCUGGUGUACAAGCGGGCGGGGCCGGAGGUGGAACGAUGGACUCUCAAGUGCAACAGAUGCAGCUGCACCGGCAGCAGCAGUAUCGACUGCAGCAGCUGCAGGCGCAGCGAGAGCAUGUCGCUCACCACCACGCCGCGGUUAAACAGGUGGGCGUGGGUGUAGGCGUGGGCGCGGGCCCGCAGCUGGUGGCCGCCGUGCUGCCCGAAGCGCCGCAAGAUUCCUCGCCCGAGCUGCACCAGGGAGCGAACAGCGCUUUGGUGGUUAACCCUAAAACGAAGACAGCUCUGGCUAAUAUGUUGAACAUCCGGCUGCAGGGCGGCACGCCCGCGCAAGAACAUGAACCUUCCGCCGCUGGAACGCUCAGGUUGAUGACCGCUGCCCACGCAGUGAGGGCGCCGGCGAGACUUCUGCUCGGUCCCCAACACCAUCCGCAUCAACAGGCAGGCGGCGUGGGCGCGGGAGGGCCCGUGGGCGUUGGGGUGGGGGUGGGCGUAGGUGUGGGCGUGGGCGUGGUGGGCAACAAAGUAUACGCUGGCGCCGUGAGACCACCGCCACCGCGUGCCCAGUUCUACGGACACAACCCUAACUUAAAGCUCCCGCCGGACCUUUUCCUGCUCGGAUGCGUCUUCCAUAUCGUGGAGUACCAGCAGUCGUGGGGCCAGGAGCGCGUGUCGCGGUGGGCGGAGGCCAUCCAGCGGCGCGGCGGCGAGGUGGAGGCCUCGUACUGCGCCCGCGUCACGCACGUGCUCUGCGAGACGCAGAAACACGGCGUCGUCAUGCAGGCGCUGCGCGACGCGAAGCGGUGCGUGACGGCGUACUGGCUGUCGGACGCGAUGGUACGGCGCAACGUGGCGCCGCCGUGGCAGGCGCUGCACCUGCCGGCCAUGUACGGCGCCCGCGAGCGGCCUGCACGCCACCACCGCGCCGCGCUGUCCGGCUGGCGCGGCGACGACCGCGUGCGGCUCGCCUGCUGCGUGCGCCACGUGGGCGCGCAGCUGACGCCGUACCUGACGCGCGACAACACGGUGCUGGUGUGCAAGCGUGCGGAGGGCGCCAAGUACAGACGCGCGCGCGAGUGGGGCGUGCCCGUGGUGACGGCCGCCUGGCUCACCGACCUGCUGCUCGGCAACAUGAGCGCGCUGCCGCAGAUCGAAAAUGCAAGAUAUCAACAGUUCAACUUGUCCAGUCCAUUUAGAAUGGAUUACAGCUUGGUGUCACAUUUAAUGAAUGGCUGGAAAAUGCCGAUCAAUAUAACCCAGGAGUCGAAUGAACGCGCGAAACGUAGCGCGGCGGCAGCGAACUUGUCUCCGCGGCGAGCUAAGAAGCCACGUAUUGAGCCGCCGUCGAGCACCGCGCCGGCGGCCGGCGCCGCGCCGCCGGCGGGCGCGCUGCCGCCGCCCACGCCGCCGCCGCUGCACCUGGCGCCGCGCGUUCUCUUUUCAGCCGUCAACCCCACCGACCAGGACCGGCUGGCAGCCAUCGUCAGGCAACUAGGCGGCUCCGUAGUCACAUCACCAGCCGAAGCCACGCACUUGGUUAUGGAGAAACUCGUUCGCACGUGCAAGCUAGUGAGCUGCCUCGUCACUGUCAAGCAUCUGAUCUCCACCGAGUGGGUCCUAGACAGUCAGAGGCUGAACAAGUUUGCCGACGAAGCGAAACACGAGUUGCGAGACGAGGCCUUUAACAAGAUGUUCAAAUGCGACAUAUCUGAGGUAUUACUCUGCGGGGAACAAAGGAAAAGACUGUUUGAAGGAGUCACGUUCUUCUUGACCCCAUGCGUGAAGCCGUCUAGAUCGGCGCUGAUAGAAAUGAUUGAGCUGUGCGGAGGCAAGGUUGAGAAGAACCGUCGUUCCUAUGUCUCUAUUCAAGAGAUGCACAAUCAGAAACCCUACAGUUACCUCGUGCUGACUGUGCCAAAUGACUUACAUCUAGUGUAUUAUCUGCUCCAAUCGGAAAAGACAUUAAAUGUUGUGUGCAGCACCGAGGUCGUGCUCUCAGCUAUAAUGAGACAAAAACUGGAAAUAGAAGAGUUUCUUGUUAAAAUAGAUUAGUUAUUUACUAUAAUUGUAUCCUAUGUACCA